AUGAACCGACAAAAGGUCGUUGUCAUUCUAUUAUUGAAUGUAUAUUUAACAUCGUUCGCCUAUGCUCAAUAUGACAGUAAUUUUGGCAAUAGCAAUCCCGGAUACGGUGGUACUGGUACAGGUACCAGUGUAUCUUCAGGAGAUUAUGGAUACAUAGGCCAAAAUCAAGUCAGAGGACCUAUUGAAUCAGAUGGAAAUUCAGAGCCCGAGCCGUUCAACUUUGCUUACCAAGUAAAAGAUGCACCCACCAAUACAGACUUCAAGCACGAAGCCAACAGUGACGGCAAACGAGUAACCGGAGCGUACAGCGUACUUCUCCCUGACGGUCGUAAUCAAGUAGUGACAUAUGUAGCUGACGAAAAUGGUUACAACGCCAAGGUCAGUUAUGAAGGAGAAGCUAAACCACAACCACGUCAACCAGGCAUCCAAGGAGGUUAUCCGUCCCCACCAGGUUUCCCUGCUACUGUUCCUAAAUAUCCUCCUCCUGCAUCUUAUGGUUCUGCUCCUAGUCCCGCUGGUUAUCCCGGAUCUGCUUAUUCUGCUCCCGUCUCUGGUUAUUCUGGUUACUAUGGUGGAUCUCCUCCGGCACCAAGUUAUCUCUUCCAAUUUCCGACUUUCAAAAACGGUGUUAAGGAAUCUCCUAGACUCAAAACCGAGAAUUAUGAUUAA